AUGACUCCGAAACCGGAUUUCAAUCUUCAGCGGGGAGCUGCUGACCCUCGUCAGGCUUCAGACACUUCGAAGAAAAGCACGGUCUUAGCUGUCCCUGCGUUCGCGAACCAGGUCGAAGAUGACGAUGAUGACAGAAAAUACACGUACACACCAUCAACGAUUGAAAAAGCCAUUAACAUUAUGCUAUGCAGAGGAGAUCUUGCAAAUCAAGUACUAGAAGUGAAGCCAGUAUCGAUUUUUGGAUUGUUUCGCUUUGCUACACCAUGGGACCACUUCUGCCUAUUCGUUGGCGUCGUAUGUUCGAUAAUCAGUGGCGUAUCACAACCUGUUAUGGCACUUAUCAGUGGUCGAAUCACAAACGUGCUGCUCGUUUACCCACCAAAUUCCAAGGAAUUUCGAAACGGCGCCUACGAGAAUGUAUACAUCUUCCUUGGAAUCGGCGUCUUCAUUCUCAUCACAAACUUUAUACAGUUCAUGUGCUUCCACAGCGUUUGUGUUCGGGUGAUGGCCAAAAUGCGUCACGCAUACGUUCACUCGAUACUUCGUCAGAAUGCAGGCUGGUUUGACAGAAACCAUUCAGGAGCACUGACCACAAAAUUGAACGACAACAUGGAGAGAAUUCGAGAAGGAAUCGGCGAUAAACUCGGCCUGCUGUUGCGUGGUUGUGCGAUGUUCAUCGCAGCAGUGAUCAUCGCGUUCAUCUACGAAUGGCGCUUAGCGUUGAUGAUGCUUGGCGUUGUUCCAAGCACAUGUAUCAUCAUGUCCAUCAUGGCAAGAAAGAUGACUUCAACGACAAUAAGCGAGCUGGCUGGAGUAGGAAAGGCUGGUUCUAUAGCUGAAGAAUCUCUGAUGGGUGUCCGAACUGUUCAAGCCCUCAAUGGACAGCAGGAAAUGGUUGAUCGCUACACUGUGGAGUUGAAACGAGGAAAAUCAUUCGCAGUGUGGAAAGGUUUUUGGAGCGGUCUACUAGGCGGCCUAUUCUUCUUCGUGUUGUUCUCCUUCAUGGGAUGUGGAAUGCUAUAUGGUGGUUAUCUACUAAAAAUAAACAUCAUAAAAACACCUGGCGACGUAUUCAUCGUGGUGAUGUCUAUACUUCUUGGUGCCUACUUUCUGGGGCUGAUCUCGCCACACUUAAUGGUUCUGCUUAAUGCAAGAGUCGCUGCUGCUACUAUCUAUCAGACUAUUGAUCGAGUACCAAAGAUAGACGUCUACUCACAAGUGGGUCGAAAACCAGAUCAAGUCAAAGGUCGCGUGGUGUUUGAAAACGUGCACUUCAGGUACCCGAGCCGAAAGGAAGUCAAGGUACUGGACAAUCUUAAUCUCGUCGUUGAACCAGGUCAGACAGUGGCUUUAGUUGGUCAUUCUGGAUGUGGUAAAUCGACGUCAGUUGGUCUACUUACUCGCCUCUAUGAGCCUGAAUCUGGACGCGUAACUCUCGACGGUGAUGACGUACGGGAGCUGAACAUUGAAUGGUUACGGAAUGCCAUCGGAAUAGUGCAGCAGGUACUGGACAAUCUUAAUCUCGUCGUUGAACCAGGUCAGACAGUGGCUUUAGUUGGUCAUUCUGGAUGUGGUAAAUCGACGUCAGUUGGUCUACUUACUCGCCUCUAUGAGCCUGAAUCUGGACGCGUAACUCUCGACGGUGAUGACGUACGGGAGCUGAACAUUGAAUGGUUACGGAAUGCCAUCGGAAUAGUGCAGCAGGAACCAUGUCUAUUCAAUGACACAGUUGAAGGAAAUCUUAAAAUCGGUAAUCCGCAUAUUUCCAUGGAGCAAAUCGUGUACGUGUGCAAAAUGGCAAACGCGCAUGAUUUCAUCAUGAAACUGCCUAAGGCUUAUGAGACGUACAUUGGUGAUGGUGGAGUGCAAUUGUCUGGCGGUCAGAAACAGCGCAUCGCUAUCGCACGGACGCUGGCACGUGAUCCAAAGGUUCUUCUUCUGGACGAAGCAACGAGUGCGCUUGACGCUCAAAGUGAAAGCAUUGUUCAACUGCAAAAUAGAGGAUUACAGUCUGCUCUGAACAACGCCUCUCGUGGCCGCUCAACUAUAGUCAUCGCUCAUCGUUUGUCAACUGUCCGAGACGCCGACAAAAUCGUAUUUUUCGAAAAAGGACAAAUUGCAGAACAAGGAACACAUGAACAACUUGUCGCCCUACGGGGAAGAUACUACGAAUUGGUGAAGGCACAACAGUUCCAACCUGAAGCAGAAGAAAUUGAAGAAGAGGAAAUAGAUUUAGGUGAUAGCGAUCAUCAAACCGGUUCCCAAAUGUCACGUAGAUCAACAAUAUCAGAAUCCAAAAGAUCUGGUUACGAUGCCUUCGUCCGUGGCCAAUCGAUUAACGAUUCUUUCGGUCGACAGUCCUACAAUGCCGAAGCAGAUGCAGAAAACGAAGCAAUUGCUCUGGAAGUGAAGAAAGUGAUGGAUGAGGACGGCGUCAUCAGUGCUGGAUACUACGACAUUUAUAAGAAUGCCAAAGGCAACUAUCACUGGAUAUUUCUCGGCUUUGUUACGGCCGUGUUUCGUGGUUUGGAGCUCCCAGCCCUGGCACUUAUUUUCGGCUACGUCUUCGAGGCUUUCACAUUCGUUCCAUUCGGUGCCGAUAUGAUGCACAGGUUAUGCAUGGCGGUUAUUACGUUCUGUUCCGUCGGUCUUGGAGUCUUAAUCUUCCAACUCCUGAGCGUUAGUCUUACAACUAUGUCGUUGAUGGUCGUGCGCUUCAAAGUCAUACUAUGCUGUGACGGCUAUAAUUGCAUGUUUAGUAAUCGAUUUGUCUACUGCUGGCAGGUAACGCUGCUCGUAUGGGAUGUUGUUUCUCCUGCUACGACUAUGAUAUGCUGCACUAACAACAUGAAAAAGAACAUUGAGAAUGUUAAGAAUGACGAAGCAGGACGAAUAGCAAUCGAAACAAUUGAAAAUGUUCGUACGAUACAAUUGCUCACACGAAUGUCCAUGUUCUAUGGACGAUACGAAACAGCCAGUAAACUUCAAAAGCGGUCCGAAUUGACAAAAGGAAUCUACGAGGCUUUAAAUUUCACAAUUUCGCAAUCGUUCACUUAUAUUAUGGUCUGUGUUACUUACGCCGUCGGAAUCCACAUUAUUUAUACUGAACAAAAGACAGCAGACAACGUUUUCAGAACAAUUAUUGCUAUGCUCCUCGGGUCAGUAGCUGUGAUGAAUUCCUCUUCUUACUUCCCUGAGUUCGUCAAAGCACGUACUGCAGCAGGUCUCCUCUUCAAUGUGAUUUAUCGCAAACCAAGAACUGGAGACGUGAACGCCGGCGAGAAAGUAACGAUUCGCGGGAACGUUCUGUUCGAGGACGUCAAGUUCAGUUAUCCUCAACGACCUCGACAGCCGAUAAUGAGAGGUCUACAAUUCUCGGCUCAGCGUGGUCAAACAAUAGCGCUGGUCGGACCAUCCGGCUCCGGGAAGUCCACCGUCAUUUCAAUGCUCGAGCGUUUCUAUGAUUCUACGAGCGGAUACGUUCGGUUUGAUGGCAAGGAUAUCAAGACACUGUCGCUUAGCCAUCUACGAACGCAAAUGGCAUUAGUUGGACAGGAGCCGAGGUUGUUCUCAGGCACUAUUAGGCAAAACAUUUGCUUUGGUUUAGGAGUGGUUCCAAUGGAGAAAAUCGAUCAAGCUCUGGAGCUGGCGAACGCGAAGCGCUUCCUUGCUAAUUUACCAGCUGGUAUAGACACGGAGGUUGGUGAGAAAGGCACGCAACUCUCAGGAGGACAGAAACAACGCAUCGCCAUAGCGCGUGCGUUGGUUCGAGACCCAAAGAUUUUGCUGCUGGACGAGGCCACCAGCGCCCUGGAUUCCGAAAGUGAACGAGCAGUCCAAAAAGCUCUGGACUUGGCUCGAGAAGGUCGUACAUGCAUCACGAUUGCUCAUCGACUGUCGUCGAUCCAAAAUGCAGACCUCAUUGUGUAUAUCGAGAAUGGCAAGGUGCGCGAAUCCGGCACACAUUCACAACUGAUGCAACGUCGUGGCUGCUACUAUCAAAUGAUCAAGAAGCAGGAUCUUGCGGCGUAG